GAAAUUUUAUUUAAAUUGCAAACGCGUACAUAAAUUUCUCUUUACUUUUCUUUCUUAGCUUUUUUUCGAGACCAAAACAACACUCUAAAAUUUUCCCUAGAAAAUUCUUUAUUUUCUCGGGAAAAUCCAAAAUUCAACCACAAACAAAUUCGAUUUCAAGCUCAAUUUCCAGGCUUUCCAAUAAACCAAGCUCCGAUCUCAUCACUUUCUAAUUCCAUCUGCCAAGCUAACAUCUCAGAAAUGAGUUCGUUCAAAUCCUAGGGUUUGGUUCAUCUUUUGGAUUCUUCAUAUUAGGUAUUUGGAUUUAGCGAUUUUUUUGAUUCUGUUUCUGAUUUCUCGAGUACACGAACAUGUAUAGCAAUUUUAAGGAACAAGCGAUUGAGUACGUGAAACAAGCCGUACAGGAAGACAAUGCUGGGAAUUACGCGAAGGCUUUUCCUUUGUAUAUGAAUGCGUUAGAGUACUUCAGAACGCAUUUGAAGUACGAGAAGAAUCCUAAGAUUAAGGAAGCGAUUACGCAGAAGUUUACCGAGUAUUUGCGGCGUGCUGAGGAGAUCCGAGCGGUUUUGGACGAUGGUGGUCCUGGUCCGGCUUCGAACGGAGAUGCUGCUGUGGCGACGAGGCCGAAGACUAAGCCUAAAGAUGGUAGUGGGGAAGGUGGUGAUGGUGAGGAUCCAGAGCAGGCUAAGCUUAGGGCUGGGCUUAAUUCGGCGAUCAUAAGGGAGAAACCUAAUGUGAAGUGGAACGAUGUGGCGGGUUUGGAGAGUGCUAAGCAAGCAUUGCAGGAGGCUGUUAUAUUGCCUGUCAAGUUUCCUCAGUUCUUUACUGGGAAGAGACGUCCAUGGAGGGCUUUUCUAUUGUAUGGACCACCUGGAACUGGUAAGUCUUACUUGGCCAAGGCCGUUGCAACUGAAGCUGAUUCUACAUUUUACAGCGUUUCAUCAUCAGACCUUGUUUCAAAGUGGAUGGGUGAAAGUGAAAAGUUAGUUUCUAAUCUCUUUCAAAUGGCACGAGACAGUGCUCCAUCUAUCAUCUUCGUUGAUGAAAUAGAUUCCUUGUGUGGCCAGCGUGGAGAAGGCAAUGAGAGUGAAGCUUCGAGGCGUAUUAAGACCGAGCUUCUAGUACAGAUGCAGGGCGUAGGAACUACUGAUCAGAAAGUACUUGUACUUGCGGCGACAAAUACUCCCUAUGCUCUAGACCAGGCUAUUCGGCGACGUUUUGACAAGAGAAUUUAUAUUCCUCUACCCGAUGCAAAGGCACGACAACAUAUGUUCAAGGUGCAUCUGGGAGAUACUCCUCACAACUUGACAGAAAGUGAUUUUGAAAGCUUAGGUCGUAAAACAGAAGGUUUUUCGGGAUCAGAUGUUGCUGUUUGUGUUAAAGAUGUUCUUUUCGAACCUGUUCGUAAAACACAAGAUGCAAUGUUCUUUGUUAAGAAUUCUGAUGGUAUGUGGGUACCAUGUGGACCGAAGCAACCGGGUGCGAUCCAAGUAUCUAUGCAGGAUCUGGCAGCACGAGGCGAAGCUUCAAAGGUAAAGAAAAUCCCGGCCCUCAUUCCAAAUUCAGUUUUUUUUCUUGUUGUAUCUUACAUUCUGAUUUUGGUUGUUGUGCAGAUCCUUCCACCUCCCAUUUCGAGAACAGAUUUCGAUAAGGUGCUUGCUAGACAGAGACCUACCGUGAGCAAAUCUGACCUCGAGGUACACGAGAGAUUCACAAAGGAGUUCGGGGAAGAAGGGUGAUCAAAUUUUUCUGUAAUUAUGAUAAAAAAAAAAAUCAAUCCACGCUAAUCGUUGUCGUCGUCAUCAUCAUUGGUGGUGGAUCUGAUGUAUUAUUGUUUUUCACUUAUUAGUUUCUUUGAAUCUGGAAAAAGGAAGGCAAAUAUAAUAUAACCUUUUCUUCAAUUCUGUAUUGAGACCAAAAACAUCAUACUUUGUUUGAUUUGCCUUGAUUUAAAAAUUUCUGUAAAUUACAGUUGAAGAAAAAUAUGCUUCCAGAUUACUUUUUUUUAACCAUUGAAAGGUAUUAUGAACAUGGUUGAAUUUGUGUA